AUGUCGACGCCGACCAAGGUCUCUUUCAGGCAGAAGCUUUUCAGGUCUCCCAGGAAAGACCUUCAAAAGGCUCCUGACAAUAAACCUGGGACCGUCACAGGCGAUGACCAGAACACAGACUCGGAGCCAGAUCGCGAGCAGGCCUCCGUCGACACCUCUCUGACAGCGAGCAACCGCAGAACACCCUUCUAUCGCAAGAAAUCCAACAAAUCUUCAUCCUCCCAAGACGCUCUCUCCUCUGCCUCAAACUCGAUCACCAAAUCUUCCUCAGGGCCAACACGCUCGCGCCCCUCUUUUCUUUCUCGUGUUGUAAACAAGGUCGUCCCAUGCGUUCCUGCCCCAGAAGGCCCCUAUUCCAACGGUCUUCAAGCCGCCGUCCCACCAGCAGAACCUGCUGAUGACCAACGCCCAGCUCUCUCCGUCGCCACCCAGGGAGCAGACGCCUUAAGCGCCCAGCAGAAUGCACCUCUAAGCUCUGGAGAAGAGUCCCCGGCAAUUGCAGCUGGAUUCAUCCCCGACCCAGACCCCGUUUCCAUCCCCCAAACCCCGGAUUCAGACGUCCUCGUUCCCCCUCCCAUCCACACCCACGUUCUCCCUCCCGACGAGACGGACGGCCUCACAUCAGGCGCAGUCCAACCCCCUGGAUCCACCGGCACAGACGUCGCCAGAACCCCAACCCAUGACUCUGGUUCGGAUUCGGACAGGGCCAGCGUGUCCGAUGACGAGGACUACCACAUCCACGAGGAGGACGAGGAAGAGAGGCUCAUCAGGAACGGUGGUUCCGGUAUUCCCAUUGGUCCCGCUGUGCAACAAGCGGAUUUCAUUGUUCCUGUCGAGAUCGAGUACCAUUGGCACCAUUUCCAUGUGUUGAAACGGCCAGGUGUCGACAACUUUUUGAAAAAGAUGGGCGAACUAUACGAAGUGGUGAUAUUCACAGCUAGUCUGAGCAAGUAUGCCGACCCUGUGCUCGACAAGCUCGAUAUUCAUCGCGUCGUCGCCCAUCGGUUGUUCCGUGAGAGUUGUUACAACCACAAAGGCAAUUAUGUCAAGGACCUCUCCCAACUCGGACGACCUAUCGCGGACACCAUCAUCCUGGACAACUCUCCCGCCUCUUACAUAUUCCAUCCCAACAACGCUGUCCCCGUUUCCUCUUGGUUUAACGAUCCUCAUGACGCCGAACUAACGGAUUUGAUACCCUUCCUUGCUGACCUUACCACUGUUCCUGAUAUCCGUGGAAUCCUGGACGGCCACCGACACUAG